AUGAUUCAUAAAAGAAUGAAUUCAACUGAGCUGGAAAGAACAAGCAAGAAGAUCGACGAUUAUGAUUCAAGUGAUGAAGAGGAUCUCAGAAAUACGAUAGGUAACAUUCCGAUUUCGUGGUAUGACGACUUCAGCCAUGUUGGUUAUGAUAAAGACGGAAAUCAGAUCGAAUCAGCUAAAAAAAAUGAUGAUAUGGAAGAAUUUCUGGAUCGAAUGGAUGACUCCAAUUACUGGAGAAGAGUUUACGACCGGCAAAGUGGUGGUUUUGUUACUUUAAAUGAUGAAGAAGUAAAGAAGUUAAAUGCACUGGAUGCUUCAAAAUAUCCAUUGGUUGGUUAUAAUCCAUACCAACCAUUCUUGGACAUCUUCUCAUCACAAACAGAAAUUCAUCCAAUAUCCAAUCGUCCAGAUUCCAAACGUUCAUUUAUUCCUUCAUUGGAUGAAAAGCGUCUUGUUGGAAAGAUGGUGCAUGCCAUCAAAAUGGGUUGGGUGCGACCAUCUCGACCAAAGCAGAUUGAAAAAAGAGUUUAUGACUUAUGGGCUGAUAAUCCCUGCAGCGAAAAAACGAAAACUGAAUUAGCCAGGAUACGAAUGCAUUUUCCUGCACCAAAAGUUCCUUUACCUGGACAUGCUGAAAGUUACAAUCCACCAGCAGAAUAUUUAUGUGAUGAGGAAGAGCUAAAGAAAUGGGAGGAAACUGAUCCAGAAGAUCGACGAUUGGACUUCAUCCCCAAAAAAUAUGAUUGUUUGAGAAAAGUCCCGGCAUAUGAUCGCUUUUAUAACGAUCGUUAUCAACGCUGUCUUGAUUUAUAUUUGGCACCACGACAACGAAAAAUGAAGUUGAAUAUUGAUCACACGGAGUUGCUUCCUGAACUUCCUAACCUGACAGAUAUGCGUCCUUUUCCGACGACACAGAGCUUCCUUAUGCUUGGUCAUUCCGGGCAAGUGAGAAGUUUGUCAUUUGAACCUGAAUCUACAGAAAUCUUCGCGUCAGGUGGUGAGGAUGGAACUCUUCGACUGUGGUCCAUAUGUGAUGGGAGAUGCCUUAAAACGACAAGUUUGGAUGGUUCGAUAACAAGUGUGGCUUAUUGCCCUCUUGCUAAGUGGACACUUUUGGCUGUUACAAUGGAAUCGAAUAAAAUGAUUCUGACAAAUUCGUACUGUGGAGAUCGCCAUCGUAUUACAACUACUACAGAAUAUUUAUCAAAACUUCGGUGUGAAUCUUCAGAAAGUGAUGUUUUAAAAUGGAAGUAUGAAGGAAAGGGCACAUUGUCAGUUGAUCUUGGAUAUAUUGCACGUCAAGUAGUAUGGCAUCACAAAGGUGAUUACUUUGCGACGUUUGCCAAUUCAAAGUCACCGAAACUUAUAUAUAUACAUCAGCUUUCGAAAUGUAAAUCUCAGAGACCUUUUUCUCGUUUAAAAGGCCUUAUGACGGUUUUAUCAUUUCAUCCAUCUGAACCGUUUCUGUUUGUUGGGACGCAAAGAUAUAUACGAAUUUAUGAUCUGGCAAAGUGUCAGUUGAAAAAGAAAAUCAUAACCGGUUCGCAAUGGAUGAGCUGCAUGCACGUUGAUUUUCGAGGAGAUAAUGUGUUUGUUGGUGGUCAUGAUAGAGUUUUUUCAUGGAUCGACCUACAACUUUCUAGUAAACCAUGGAAAAGCGUCAAACAUCAUACGGCUGCUAUUCGAGGAGUCACACAGCAUGCAAGAUGUCCAUUAAUAGCAACUGUAUCGGAUGAUUCAACUGCAAUUGUGUAUUAUGCUCGAAUCAGCAGUGAUUCACUUAAAGAGAAUGAAUUCGUACCAGUAAGAAGGUUGCGCACCCAAACAGCUCAGAAAAAUGGUCUUUCAAUUCUAGCUGCAAUAUUUCAUCCUUCGCAACCGUGGUUGAUAACUGCACAUGUUGAUGGCUCGAUUGCUUUAUUCACUUAA